AUGGCUGGCACAUCCUGGGAACUGAAAGGCGAAGUCAAACGCCUGGCAAUUCUAAAUGCCAUCCCCGAGAAAUGGCGGCUGAAAUCUCCUGUACCCCCAGCUACAGAAGUGCGUGAUGUCACCGGGCAUUAUAUACAACAGUAUCUCACCAAGCGUGAAAUUGAAAUCACGGAGACAGAUGCUGUGGACAUUGUGAAUCAGACAUCCACAGGACGCUGGUCAGCCGUAGAAGUGACAGAAGCCUUCUGUCACCGAGCCGCACUGGCUCACCAACUCGUCGGCUGUCUCCAUGAAGUAUUUUUCGAAGCAGCAAUUGAAGAUGCCAAAAACCAGGACGAAUACUUCGCAAAACACAAAACCCCAAUUGGACCCCUGCACGGCCUACCAGUGAGUCUCAAAGAUCAGUUUCACGUGAAAGGCGUCGAAACCACAAUGGGCUAUGUAGGCUGGAUAAAUACCUUCCAAGGCCAACCAAACGACCCGCGCAGCGGCACAGAAGAAAGCGAACUCGUCCGCGAACUACGCAAUCUCGGGGCAGUCCUCUACUGCAAGACCAGCGUACCAGCCACUUUAAUGUCCGGGGAAACCAUCAACAACAUCAUCGGCUACACCUGGAACCCCAAGAACCGGCUGCUAUCCUGCGGUGGCAGUUCCGGCGGCGAGGGCGCCUUGAUGGCGCUCCGCGGAUCGCCCGCUGGUUUUGGCACUGAUAUCGGAGGCAGUGUGCGCGUCCCUGCUGGGUUUAAUUUCCUCUAUGGGCUUCGUCCUUCGGCGGGCAGGAUUCCUUAUCAGGGUGCUGCGAACUCGAUAGAUGGCCAGGGCUCCAUCUUAUCUGUCAUCGGGCCGAUUGCGCCAACUGCGAGAUCUUUGACGCUCUUAUUCAAGGCUGUUCUUAGUCAAAAGCCCUGGCUGUACGAUCCUCUUGCGUUAGAGCUGCCGUGGCGAGAUGAGAUUGUUCAGGAGACCAGGGCAUUGAUUGAGCAGGCUCGGGGUGGGGCAUCAACGCUUGCAUUCGGGAUUAUGAAAUACGAUGGCGUGGCACCUGUUCAUCCGCCUAUUGCGCGGGGGCUCAGGAUUGUCGAGAAAACGCUCCGGCGGUUGGGUCAUCGAGUCAUCGAAUGGAAACCUCCUGCCCACGCUAUUGCCGUUGAACUGGUUGGUAAAGUGUUCGACAUGGACGGCGGCGCAGACAUGAAGUAUCAUUUCAGUCUAUCUGGAGAAUCUCCAGCUCCGCAAGUAAUCAGUGCCGACCAUGGUACUGAAAUGACAGCAUCUGAGAUUGCCGCGCUCAAUGUUGCAAAGCGUCAGUAUCAGAAACAAUACAUGGACUACUGGCAUAGCACAGCGGAGGUGACAGGCACAGGGCGUCCUGUUGAUGGGCUCUUUUGUCCAUUGGCGCCUCAUGCUGCCGUCAUUCCCAGCGAAUACAAUUAUGUAGGAUAUACUGGAUUUGUGAAUCUGCUUGACUACACUAGUCUUGCGGUUCCAGUGACAUUUGCAAACAAGGAGGUCGAUACGAAAUCGGCUGAUGGGUCUAUCGAUGACUCUGAGAACAUUCAGUGGGACUAUGAUGCCGAUACCUACGAUGGAGCUCCGGUGGGGGUGCAAUUUGUAGGCAGGAGGCUGCAGGAAGAGAAAAUGUUGACUCUAGCUGAGUAUCUGGGCGAAGAGAUUGCUCUAGAUGCGAAGGAGAGAGACUAG